AUGACGACGUGGACCCGCGAGAUGUACGCGCGCGUCGUGCACAUGUCGGUGCACAAUCUGCACGUGUUCCCGAGCGAGAUGGCCGCCGUCGCGGACGAGAGCCCCAAGGCGCCGCUCGCGAUCAAGUACAUGUGCUGGCGCAAGAGCGCCAGUUUGUGGCUCGUCAUGGCAGCGCUCGGGGUCAAGACGGCGCUGGCCGCGCAGUCGACGCCGUUCACUGCAUUCCUCGGCGACAUGCGCAGCUUUGUGUCGCUUCUGCCCGACGUCGUCUUGCCGAGCUUCCAAAAACUGCACGUCUUGGUCGUUGUGCAGGCGUUCUCGACGGUGGGAACCUUGCUGCUCACGGGCGUAUGCGCCGCCUACGCGCUGCAUCACUGGACGACGUACGAUCGGUCGCGGACCGCCUUGCGUCUCGGGUACGGUCUCUCGUUCGUGCUGCCGUACGCUGUUCUGCUCUUCCUUCCGUUCCGCUCGUGCAUCAACUACACUGACAUUCGCCUCGAAGCGUGCGAAGCCGUCGCCUCGCUCCUUGCUCGCCAAGCCGCGCUGCGCCAUCUUCCCUUUUCGCCGAGUCAGGUCUGCAACGACUUUCUCAACGCGCCACAGUGGGGCGACGAGCUUCUGCGCUCGCUCGAAACCAUGGGCGUCCUCAAAAACAACACGACGCGUGUCUGCCUCAACGUCUACGCCGCCGCCAACACGAGCAUCAACCAGACGGCGCCGACGGCGUGCAGCGAGCCCACCUGUGCGGCCUGCCUUGCGGACGCCACGUGCAGCAGCAUGGGUCUUGUUUACAUGUACAACCCGUCGGCGUUGGAGGCAGCGCACCCCGCGUGCGCCUCGUGCUUCGCGUCGUCUUGCAUGCGCGACUGCCUCCACGCGUCCUUGCCGCCGCUUCUUUCCCAAGCGCCAGAGCUCUGCCUCCCGGACACGGUCGUUGACGCCAUCACAGCCCUCGGCACGAUCCACUCGAGCAGCGACUAUGUCGAGUUGCUCAUUGGCACCCUCGUCGGGCUCUCGUCGCUGCAGACGCUCCUCACCAAGACACUCGUGCCCUACUCGCGCCUACCCGGCUACGGCAUUGGUGCGGCGAUCCUUCUCUGCACACCCAUGCUCACGACGGUCCUCAUCGCGAUUCACCAAGCCUUUGGCAACCUCUGGUGCUCCGAGCCAACAAUGGCCCAGAGGUUCACGAGAUUCUAG